AUGUCGACCUCACAAGACCAACAACAACAACAACAACAACAACAACAACAUGCACAGCAACAUCACCAUAGACCAAAGUAUGGGCCGCCGCAGCAUAUCAAACCUCGUCAAUACCAUGCCCUGCUUGAGCUUUUGGAAUCGCAAGCUAAUAAAAAACUAACCAAUGAGUACUCCACUGAACUUGUUCAAACUAUGUCUCAUUUAGAAUCAGUGUCUUCGGUCAACCCAGCAAUGAUUGAUUUGCAACCAGAAAUUCAAUGGUUUAUGCGUCCAUUUUUGUUGGAUUUCUUGAUUGAAUUGCACUCGUCAUUCAGAUUACAACCACAAACACUAUUUCUUUGCUUAAACAUCAUUGAUCGUUAUUGUGCUAAAAGAAUUGUUUUCAAGCGUCAUUAUCAAUUGGUAGGUUGCACUGCAUUGUGGAUUGCUGGAAAGUACGAAGAUAAAAAAUCACGAGUUCCUACGUUGAAGGAGUUAACCAUCAUGUGUCGUAACGCCUACGACGAAGAGAUGUUUGUGCAAAUGGAAAUGCAUAUUCUUAGUACUUUGGAAUGGUCUAUUGGUCAUCCAACAUUGGAGGAUUGUUUACAAUUGAGCAUCAAACAUUCGAGUAUUAUCAGUCCUAGCAUAACACCACCAAAGUACAAUCUACAAACUAGGCACGCAGCUAAUGGUAAUGGUGCUAACGACCAAGUUCUAAAAUCAGCCUCCGCUAGUACAUUGAGCGCUGUUACUGUUGUGGGGAGAUUCUUGUGUGAAUUGUCAUUGUAUGAUAAAUUCUUUUUACUGGUUCCAACAAGUUUAGUUGCAUACACUGCCAAUUUGUUGGCUUGCUCAAUGUUACAGAUUCCCAACGCAUCGAUCAGUUUGAAAGAGUUGUUGGAAAAUGUCUUAAUUGAACCAAAGAGGAAACAAUACCUUCAAGCCAAAUUGCAAAAUAGAUUGAAAAGGAAACAGGAGCGUCAAUUGCGCAGGCAACAGCAGCAGCAACAACAACAACAACUGAUCAAGACCAAAUUUCAAAACGUUGGUGCUGCUCCUAAAUUUCCAUUGAGACAAAAGUUGAAUACCCUUUAUUCAAACAAUAAUGAUAGCAACUACAGUCAUCAAACAAACAUUUAUAGACAUUCAAGUAUAGCCGACGAUAUUGAUUUGGAUUAUGAAGAAAAUGACCAAGAAAAUAUUGAUACUGAUACUGAUACUGAUAGGGAUGCUGAUAUCGACCACGAUGCAUUGGACGACGAAGAGCCCGUGUUUAAUGACACCAAUGAUACCACAUUUGAUAAUGAGGAACACGAUGAAAUUGAAAAUAAAUCACCAGAGAUUCAUGGAGCAUUUCUCAAUGGAUUAGAUGAAUCAACCCUAUUAACGAUAAAAAAGAUUGCUCUUUUGUUGAUUAUCCAAUUGAACAAAGUGACUGAGGUAUUGACUAAAAAAUAUGAAGCUGUUGGGGUUAUCCACGUGUUAAAAAAAUUCCAUGAAAAGAAUUCAUUCUUGAUCCAAUCGAUUUAUGAAAAUAAGGAUAAGAUCAUUGCUACUUGCGACUCGGCCACGGCCACGAUUGACUCUCGGUUUAUUCAAACUAUCGAAAUAUUGUUGCAGUUUCCCCAAUUGAGUGACCCCACAUUGGACUCUGAUUCCGAAUCUGAUUCUGAAGACGACGAAGAGGAAUAUUGUGUCAACCCAUACUCAUCAUACAAGGCUUAUGAAUCCGACGAUUAUUUUAGUGUCAGGGGAAGUGGCGCUGGUCAUUUACGUACACCCAAAUCACCUCAUCCAUUUUUUGGACCAUCAACAUUGGGAUUUGACUCCAAUGUGAUUGCUCCACCAGUGACUCCACCAUCAGCAACUUCGCAGUACUCGGUGUUUUCCAACAAGAGAUCAGGUGGAAGUCAAACUAAUAGUGUUACUUCUAAUUGUAACACUCCCACCCAUUUCCCCGUGUCGUCAUUUGCAUCAACUUCGGGAAUGCAACAGUCACAACAACAAUCACAACAACAAGCAGUGAUGAUGGGCCUGCUGCUGCUGCUGCUGCUGUUACAGCUCUGUAGAACCAAGUCUAAAAUUAGGAAGAAACGUGCCAUGAUGCAGUCAUCAGCUGGUAAUGGUCCAUCGGUUAUGAUUCCACCAAUUUUGCCCACGGUUACAACAGGGCACGAAACCAGGUCAGGAGAUAAACUUUCUCCAAUAAAACCUGUGGUUAGUAGUAGUAACGGCUUGAAUACAAGCUCACCUUUGAUGAAUCAAUACUUUUGA